AAUUGCCGCUUUUUUUCUAGUGAUGAAAAUGUUGACAGACUAUGAAUAAAUAAAUCUAGCAAAAAGCUUUCGCAUUUUAUGAACGCAUCCAUAUACAAUUUAGUACUGGCAACCCUGCAACAGUAUACGUCAAAUAUAUCAUAUUAUUAACCGACAAAAUUAAAAAGGCUGUAAAAAGUAUGAAAAACGUAUGUUUUAUCCCUGUUGUUCUUAUGUUUACUUACCGCAAACGUCAGCAAACGUUGAUACUUUAUCUCACUCUAACAGUUUCAUCACUUAUUGCCAUGUAAUAAAUGAAACGUUGUUAACAGCACCCGCGUACCUCGUACUUAAAAUAAAAUUGUAUGAUUAUUGUAAAAUAUGAUUGCAUUUAUGCAAUGAGAUUGUUUUACUAAACUGAGAAGGCGCAAAUACAGCCAAAAUGUCGAAAUUCAAUCAAAACUCGAACUUAACCGCACAAAACCAGCUUAUACAAUGGAUAAACGACGCUGGCAUGUCAGAUGGCAAGAAGAAGACGGAUCUCUUGCGGAAGAUUUUAGAGGUUCUGUUGCACCAACUUCCUCAAAUGGUUCCCGUGUACAUGGAGAACAUUCUAAGCUACAUCAAUGACAAAAACACUGAAGUAAAAAAGCAAGUUGUAACUUUCAUAGAAGAAGUGAGUAAAAUCCAGCCUCAACACAUUCCGGCUAUAGUGGGGAAGUUGCGAAUAUCAAUCAUAGACACAGUGAUCGCAGUACAGAAGCGAGCCAUCCAGGCGGCCAGUAUAGUGUACCGGAACUCCCUGCUAUGGCUCUGUGAAGGUGAUGCACUGAUUACUGAUAAGGAGCAUGUGUGGGAACAGCUUUCUGCGCUCAAGCUCCUAGUCCUAAAUAUGAUAGACAGCGACAAUGAGGGUAUUCGCACCCAUUCCAUCAAGUUUCUAGAAGAGGUGGUGCUGCUACAGACAGCUGGGACUGCUGAAGGAGAGUUCAGUCUGGACAGGCUGCCAAGCAGCCUGACUUUUAUCAAGCGGAGGGCUUUGGAGGAGGAGUCAGAGCAUAUCUUCACACUGUUGAUAAAGUUCCACAACUCCCAACACAUCUCCAGCGUCAACCUCAUGGCCUGCAUGACGACUCUGUGCCUCAUAUCCAAGUUCCGACCGAAAUACAUGCCACGGGUCAUCCAGGCCCUCGCAGACUUACACACAACGCUGCCUCCCACUCUCUCGCAGUCCCAAGUCAACUCCGUUAGAAAACACCUCAAGAUGCUCCUAGUAAAUCUCAUAAAGCAUCCUUCCUCAAAUGAUAUGUUACCUCAACUAACCCAGCUUCUAAUGGACAUUGGCAUGACUCAGCAAGAGAUUAACAAAGCGGUCCCUAAAGAGAGAAGAAAUAAACGCGUAGGGGAAAUCAAAACUGCCGAUAUCCCGACCAAGAGAAUACGAAUCGAUUCCCCUCAAAGCAACAGUCAAGGCAGUGACAGCAACAGUCGAAGCGAAUUUAAUUACGAUGAAGACAGCCAAACUAGUUUAUAUAAACAACCGACAGUUACUGAAGACACCCUAUUUGAAGGGCUCGACAAUGCAGAGAAUGUAGUCAAACUUGUGACAGCUACGCUUGUUAAUAAUUUACCUAACGAAAUGCCAAGCAGUUUCCUAACUUUGUACAAGCCCAUACCGAAUGCAGGCAGCAAAGUUCAGAAGAGGUCUCUCGCUAAAAUGAUACAUAGUCUCAUUAAAGACGAAUCUGCACCAGUCCCCGCACCCGUGCCGGCGCCGGUACCGCCCGUCUCCGAAACCAUUCAAAUCCCACUACUGAGAGAUGAUGAAGAAAAAAUCACACUCAAGCAAGCAGUAGCCAAACUGCAAGAGUCUACCAAAGCAGACAGAGAAGCCGAGAAAAUUAUGGAAGAAACUAGACAAGAUUUCCUCAAAGAAGAAGAACGGAAGAAUAAGGAGAAAGAAAAGGCGAUACCUCCUCAAACACCCACAGUUCCUAAACUAAAACAGAAGGUGAAGCUUCUUAAACUGCAAGAGAUCACUCGGCCAAUACCAAAGGAAAUAAAGGAGAGGUUGAUUCUACAAGCUAUUACAAGAAUCCUGAACGCGGAAAAAGAAGCCGCGAUAGGCGGAGCGUCGGCUAUACGCGGAAAGCUAAUCACCAUCUUCGCUUCAAGUUACACUCCAGAAAUACGCGAACUAGUGCUCAAUUACAUCCUAGAAGACCCGUCAAACCGUAUCGACUUGGCUUUAUCAUGGUUGUACGAGGAGUACUCUUUCAUGCAAGGUUUUAGCCGGCACCCUGUGACUCUGCAGCCAAAAAUGCACGAGAAGCAUGAUCAGAAUUAUAACCAGCUGUUAUGUGCGUUGAUAACCCAGGUUUGUGAGAGAGGGGAGCCAGCAGUUGAAGGUGCAAAGGAUAUGUUGUUAAGAAAGAUAUACUUAGAAGCUCCAUUGGUAACUGAGGAUUCGGUGGACUACUUGAAGCAUCUGGUAAUGGAGAAUAACGUGCCCAUGUUAGCGCUAGAGAUCUUGGAGGAACUGUGUAUGUACAGAGCGCCUUGGGCGCAUAAGUACGUUGGUGCACUCGUCUCGAAUGUCAUGAGUCAAAACGAAGAGAUCCGCGACCAGGCACUUAACGCUACACUCAAAAUAUACGCUAGUGGUACAGAAGCGGUUAAAAAAGUGGUAGAAAAACACGCGCGAUUGUACCUCGGGUUCAUCGCUAUGCCGAGCCCGCCUAGCGAGCUCACGGCCGACCAGACCCGGCACGGCGUGCGACCCUCUUGGAAUGACGAACUGUACAAGACGUGCCUUAACUUGGUUAUGGCGCUGUUUAUGGAUAAUGAGGAUCUGAUGAUCGAGGUGGGUCGCGUGUACGGCGGCGCGCCGGCGGAGGGCAAGCGCGCCGUGCUGCGCGCCGCCGAGGCGCCCGCGCGCGCCGCCGCCGCCGCCGCCAGGCGCCACGCCUUCCUGGCGCUGCUGGACGACUGCCCGCGCGGAGCGGACACCCUACUGACGAGGCUGCUGCAUAUAUUUACGGAGAAAAACCCACCGACACAGGAGUUGGUAUCACGCGUACGGGCUCUGUACGCGACGCGCGUGUCCGACGUUCGCUUCCUCAUCCCCGUACUAAAUGGCCUCUCCAAGAAAGAGAUUGUAGCAGCGCUACCAAAGUUAAUAAAGCUGAACCCGAUGGUUGUGAAAGAGGUGUUUAACAAGUUGCUUGGUUUGCAGAACUCUAACGAUGAUGUUCUACCAGUUUCCCCUGCGGAGUUGCUGAUAGCUCUGCACCUCAUAGACCCUGGAGUUGUGGACCUCAAGUACAUCAUCAAAGCCACAGCGUUGUGCUUCGCGGAGAAGCAGGUCUUCACGCAGGAGGUGCUAGCGAUAGUACUACAGCAAUUAAUCGAAGAGCCAGACAUCCCAGUGUUACUGAUGCGAACGGUAUUACAAGCGCUGACGCUGCACCCCUCCUUGCAGCCACUCGUGCUCAAUAUACUGCAGCUGCUUAUUGAGAAGGAGGUGUGGAACAACAAGGUGGCGUGGGAGGGCUGGGUGAAGUGCUGCGAGCGCACGCUGCCGGCCUCCGGCGCCGUGUUGCUCGCGCUGCCGCCGCAGCCCGCCGCGCUGGCCUCCGCCGUGCCGGCGCUGCGGGCCGUGCUGCAGGAUCAACAGUACCCUCCCGUACCUCCACCAGGAAAUCUUCACGGAAACCCCCUCGGAAACCCGCUGGGAAACCCCCUGGAACCCCUCCCCCCCGGGAUGGAAUGACCCCGCCCCUCGACUAGCGACACUAGACUCAGUCCAACAUAACUUGGCAACGAUUUUGACAGCGGUGCGAAUGUUAUUUUAAACGUCGAACUUUGAUGAAAUUAUGACAUACUAGGGCAAUUAAUUGCUUAGUACACCACAUAAUUUGUUAUUUCCGCAUAAUCUCACGGAUUAGGAAAUAUGGAAACGUACGUGAAAAGGUGCAGGCGCCAUGGUUUAGUGCCUAAACGUUUGUAUUUUACAGAUAGUCACAACUUACCGAAAUGGACUUUGUAUUUAAUAAAAAAUAAGAAUAAUUGA